AUGGACGAUAAGCCUUACCAGUUUGACCCUUAAAACCCUCGUCUAGUGACUAAUGCUGAGAUACCUCAAACACAAUACUACUUGGCUGGUGCUCUCUUCUUAUUGUCUGUGAGAGCUUACCACCGCAGAGUUUUCAGAGUUGAUUAGAAUACCCUUAACUUAGUUUUGUUCUCAGGAGCUUCCAGUCUUGCUAGCUACGCUUGGGCUAACUUCUUCCUCAGCUCAGGUGUCCUCGAAGCAGGUCAACUUAACAAUCAAAAAGAGUUACAACGUGCUUGA